AUGUCGUUGUCCAACAGCGAAGCCCCUUUCCCUCCCACUACCGGCGGUUCCGUCCACAGGGGCGAGUCGCCCAACGGUUCGCCGCGCCGCCUGUCGACCUCGCUGCAGGCCGCAGCCACCAUGAAUGCUGGUCUCCAGCACGAACCGUCCAGGCGCUCUUCUAGCGGUUCCCUCUCGCGAAGUCGACAAUCCCCCAACGCCGGCCGAAGACGAUCCACGGUUCUGAUGAACCUACAACUCAACGACCCUUCUCUUCCCGGUCCGGGAGAGAUGGUAGCAGAUAACCAACACACGCAGCCAAGCGGCGCCACAACUGCCAGCCCGCAGCCCAUGGCAACCUCGCCGAUGAUGGUCCCCGGUGGUGACCCUCACCACAAUCGAGCUCCUAGUCUGGGAGAGCUCCACCAGGAGCUAGAAGCCGAGCAGGAGGCCCAAGUCAACCGUCUGCUGCAAAUGAUUCGUCAGCAACAACUGCAGCUCCAGCAGCUGCAAGCUGCCCAAGGUCAGGGCUCCUCCGCCGUCGACGAUUCGGCCAUUGCCUCUGAGAGGUCCAACCAAGGAACGCCCAUUUCGCAGCCGAGUAGCGCUUUGCCACCGUCGGGAUUCACGCCAUUGCCGUCCUCUGGCUCUUUCUCACGAUCGCCAGUCAUGUCUCAUCCCCGGAGCUCUUUUGACAUGGCGAGAGCAGAUCUCCAGCGCCGGUCCAGGACUCCUAGUCGCGGUGCCUCUCCGAGAUUACGGUCGACGUCUAUAAGCGGCGAUAGCGGCGAUCAUUGGGUGCUCGGAGGUCGGGAUGAGAGUGCCUUCUACCAGGCAGAGACUCAGAUGCUUGUCAGGGAGAACCAGAUGCUGCGCCACCGGAUUCGCGACCUGGAGAAGCAACUGACAGACCUACUCCCCGGUUCAACAGCCCAUGGCAACCCCAGCGAGCCAGCUAACCCGUCCCACCUUCGAGCUGCAGCUGCUGGGGAUGAGGAUGCCACGACUGCUCGCACUACGCCUUCGGUCAUCGAAGGCUCCAGCGAGGCUACAAAAGAGGCGUGA